UAAGGAAGGACUUUUAUACUGAAAGUUUCUAUACCGGAAAUAGUCUGUAGAGCAAGCCAAGCACUGAAUGAGCACAAAAACGACGCCGCUGCGUAGUCGACUCUCAAAUACCAUUUUCUUUAGUUUUGUUCACUGCUAAAAAAAAAAAAAACCCAAAUGUUUUUUGUAAUUCCGGUGUCUUUUAGCAUCUAGCGUUAGUUGUUCGUCUGAUUAGUUUAAAUCUCAUUUCGGUGCUUCCUGUGGGUGCUGACGGGGAAGAUGGUUUUGUCAACAUCACAACAAGUCGCCUUGGCUUUCACAGCCGUGCUCUUCACCUUUGUCGUCCUGCCGAGAUUAUUCGGUGCCGGUGGAGGGACGUCUGGCAAAGACGCUAAAUUCGACCCUCGUUACAACAAAAAAGGUCCAGGACCAGGUGCCGCGAGAGGCCAGCCCAUUAAUGUGAAUCCCCCUGGCUCACAUCAAAGCCCUGAUAAUGUACAACAAAUAAAGAAACGCAUGGAGCAGGAGCUGAAGAGUGACAAGUACAAAUCCAACAAUAACAAAGGCUACGUCUUCACACUAAUGCCUCUUUAUGCCAUUGGAGUAGGAGUGUUUGCGGCCUACAAGUUUUUGAAGAUCAAGUCUUCAGAUGGCAAGGCACAAAAGAACAAACUUGCGAAAGGCUCCAAAAAGUCAGUUGAAGCAGAGAACCAGCUGAACGAGUUGGAGCAAAGACUGGCACAAACGGAGAGGAUGCUUAACUCUAUCCUCACCCAGCUGGACCCACUUACUAACUGUGUGAAAUCAGUGGCCCAGGAGCAGAAGAACGAGAUCAUGUCUCAGCUUCAGACCAUUCGUUACUUGAUGAAGAAAAGAGGAAUGGACUGUCCACCCCUGAAUGUCAAAGAGACUUCUUGUGAGCAAAAUCUGGAUGAACCCAUUGAGUCCGUUGGGGCCAAAGACACCUUAGCAGUGCUGAACAGGCAGCCCUCUGCUGAGAACACAGAAGCUGGUGAGGACAUGAAUAACACACAUUCUGGUUUGGAAGAGGCAACAGCAGAAGUUGAAGAAACGAAGGAGCACGGGUCAGAAGAUUCUGAUGGAGAACUAGAAGAGGCAAACAAUGGAACAAAAGUUGAUGGAGAAAAUUCAAAGCUCUUUGAGCUUUCCACUUCUUUGGAAGCGUUGUAUGAGACCAAGGUUGAGGAUGCAGAGCAGCCUCCAACCAGCCUCAGGCGACGCAAUAGGCCUGAAUGAACUCAACACUGGAACUUUUUCACUUACACAAACAUGACAGUUUAUUAGGAAUAUUUAAUAUCUAAAUGACUACAGGGUGAUGAUUUAAUUAUAACACUAAUAGUGUAAACAAAAGGCUCGGGCCGGGCCGGCCUGGCAUCCGACCUGGGUUCAGCGUGUUUGCGUUAGCCCUUAUGGCCCAGGUCUACACUGAUUUCUGGAACCCUGGAGACACAUGGUUCUCUCUUUGUAAUCACUUGCAGCAACUAAUGUUUUUUUCCAUGAGUUCAACUAAACGACAAAAAUAAUGAGCUACCAACAAGCUAACYUUAGCUACAAUUAGCUUACCAUUCUCCAUUGUCCUACCCUCCAUUAGUGCCAUACUGCUGGAUGAUCCGAUACAGCCUUUGGUACUUUUCCUUCGAGUUUUGUGUAGUUGUUGUAUCACAAAUAAAACAAACAAAGAUUGCGUGUUUUUAAUAUUAUGAUCCCACCCACAUCGAGGCAGCUCUCUGUUCAAUGCAAACAAUGAGGGCCAGGAUAGAAUGGGMCCAGGCCUGACUGGAGCCAGGGUGGCCGAGCGGAGCCUUACAAUGCAAACAUUUCCAAAGAGCUCAAUUUUCAUGUUCCAUCAUAAAGAUAAGCUCACUGAUUAUGGAAAAUAUUUAAUAUAUUGUUCAGUGAAAUUAAAUAUUGUGAAAGGUCGGGAUCGUAUUUAAUUGAUCGACAGUAAAUUGGGAGAAAAGAUGCAAAAAAGAAUCAUUAUUUAUCCUAGUCUAAAUAACAUUCUUAGUCAACAUAAAAAUACUUUCAUGUAACAAAUAGAAAUAACAAUUUGAAGAUUUGCUAUUCACAAUGUACUAGUAAAAUAUAAGACAAUGUCUAGAAUCCCCUAAAACGUUUAAGUGGUUGAUUAAACAUUUUUUAGCAUUUUGGAUAUGUUUUACACARGUCUAUGAUAAUUUAUUAUAUCUGAAACUAAUUUUUCUUCACCACAUUUAGAAACACGCUUCUUUAUAAAAUUAUUAUUUAGAUUCAAUACAAUUCAGUUUAUUUAUAUGGCACUAAUUCAUAAUGAAAGUUAUCUCAGGUCUCUGUGCAAAAACAUUCACAUAGAUUGUAAAAGCCAAUUAUUAAAAAUUAUCAAUUUAAGGAAUGGUGAAUGGACUGUACUUAUAGUGCCUUCCUAUCCAACCAGAAUAUUCAAGCUCUCAAUCUGUCCUCAUUCAUUCAUUCAUUCAUUCAUUCAGCACUCUACUAGAUCUCUCUACAAAGCUAAUGCAGAUAAAUCCAUUUAUAGAGACUAAGUGUUUUAGAUCACAUCCAUACACUGUUGGGACACACUGGGGGUUCAGUGUCUUGUCCAGGGACACUUUGGCAUGUGACUGAGUAGCGGUGGAAUCAAACUACCAACUCUCACGUUAGAGGAACGACUCCCCUAACCACUCAGCCUGCAAAUUGUGUUGAAUCUUCACUUCAUCACAGUCUCCCAUCCUGAGCAGCACAUUGGCAACCGUGGAAAGCAAAAACUCUUUAACAGAAAGAAAUCUUCAGGAUGUGAGACUGUGAUGGAGUGAAGAUUCAACACAAUCUGCUGGUUUCCUUAGUUUAUUUAAUUUUUUUAUAUGGAGCCCUGAGACAACAUUUAUUGUGACUUGGCAAAUAUAUAUAUAAUAUUUAACACAGGCAAAUACUUUCUUGAAGUUUAACUAAAAACCUUUAUUGUAAAGCCUUUUUAUGCAAAGAGACACGAUACAGCUGGAUGCUAUUUAAACUAGAGAUGUUACAAGUAACAAUAAAGUUAAUCUUAAUCUUGAUGUGACAAUUGUGAUUGAAUCUUUUGAACGGCUCCUUACUGCAAAGGGCAGGAACCAAGUCGAGGACAGUAAAGAGCUGUUUGUAGUUUUUAUUUUUAUUAUUUUUUUUAGUCUGUUAUAUCUUUUCUUCCUCUUUAACCACAGAGAAAGUUGCUCCUACUUCGCUUUUUCAUGAUAAAAUGGGCAGAGAAGUGGAGUACAGUAGAUCAGGGGGCUCUACUUAAAGCAGAUCGUUCCACCCACGUGUAUUUCCUUACAUGAUGACGUAACUCGUUAAAAAUCUAACAGUUCUUUUGAACGGCUCUAUCUAACCGCUUGUCAAGAUUUGGACAUACCUGCAAGCUCAGAAGGGAUGAAUCGGUGACCAAAUUAGUGCAGAGGGGGCUGUAUUCAAAAAUCUACUUAAAACUACSUAUUUUCCAGCCAUUUGAAUUUCUCUGUUCUAAGUACUUAGGAUUAAUAACGUAAUAUUGUUGUUUUUUUUAUUAAAAGAUAGAGCAGUGACUUACAACUUCUUUUUUACUAAACAUCACGAGUUUAUAACACAACGGGCUACCUUGAGAAAUCUAACACACCAAAUACACAUACAACUUGGUUGAUUCUUUAUAGCAAUGGUUCCCAAACUUUUUAUCUUCUGACCCACAA